AUGUCCAAACGACCGUACUUGGCAGCCGGACUCAAAAGAUCAUACUGUGUCAGAUACAGUUUGUUCAGAUACUUUAGAAUCUCUAGAUUUGCUUUAAAUCCCGAUCUAGAAAGAGGUACAGUAGCAUCUAGACACGGUUCAAAGAGAUUCCAAGAUGUCGAUAGUUUAGAUGAUAGAACUACUGUAAGAAACCCAUCAGCCUUGCCUUCCUCUCCUUGCCGAUGGAGAAAAGUCAGACUUGAGAAUUCUGAUAUCACAUGGAAUCUAGGAGAUAAAGAAGGUUUCGAGUAUGCAAAUAGAGUGAAUUUGGCAAAGUUUGGGACAACUUACACAGUCCAGUCAGGAAACCAAGAGUUUAAAUGGGGUUCUUCAUAUGGAAGUCAAAUGGAUCAUUCAAAAUUGGCUUUUCUUCCUGUUGGUGAAAGGAAUAUGUAUUAUUCUCAGAAAUCAUGUACUGGCUCUAUUGAAAUGUUGCCAAUAGGAUUAGAUAUCGGCGAAGGUGCUCAAGGUGCCGUAUUCGUAAACUAUCGAAGAUCAUCCGGAACAUUAGCAGCCAAUGCACUUCAUAGUUUCAGAGAUGAAAAUACACUAAAAGAAUUCAAGGCUUUUAAUGAGUUGACUUUGGAAGAAAAAAAAGCGAAAUAUAAUGGAAAAGAGAAUCAAAGAGAUAUAACUAAAACAAAAAAAUCAAGAUCACCUUCAGGAUCACAAUCAAGUUCACCAUCAAGCUCACCUUCAGGAUCACGAUCAAGAUCACCAACACAACACCAUCAUACCAACAACAAAAGAAACGUUUUCUUAGUGAUAGUAGAGAAAGUGAUAGCAGAGAAGGUUUUGAUUUAA